GCUUCGUGAGCUGCUGGAGGCAGAGGAGAGUAGGUACUUCGCUGAGAUGGAGGCACUUGAAGAAACGGUGCAGGAGAAACAAGGAAAGAUGAGGGAGCAAGCAAAAUUACUGAGAGAGAAGCGAGAAAAAGAAAGGCAACAACUGGUGGCCGAAAAACGAGAGCAGCAAUUCAGAGAACAGUGCGAGGAGCUUCGCAUACAGUGGAUGAAGAAGCAUCAGAAGGAAUUGUGCAAAGACCGCCUGGCCCAGCUAGCUCUGAAGGAGGAGUUGAAAAAGCACCAGGAGGAGGAAGAGCAGAUGUUUGCAGAGCUUUGGAAAGAGGAUCGGUUGGCCAAGGAAAAGCGAGAGGCAGUGGAGAUGCAGAAAUCAGUGGAACAGAGUCGGGACCUCCUGAAUGCGCUCGACGCCCACGUGGCGGUGCUCAGCGCUCACAAAGAGGAGGAGAAGCGGCUGAAGGAAGAAGAGGCUCGAUCGCUGGAAGAACAGCAGCGACUGCUGAAGCUAGAAAAUGAACACCUUCAGAUGGAGAAACUACAGAAACAGAAGGAAUGCAGGGAUGUGUUGCUCAGUGCAGCACAGGACAAGAAGAAUCAUCUUAACAAAGAAAAACAAAGUGAACUUGCCCUAGAGAUGAAGAUCUUAGAAAAAUCUCAUCAGGAAACCCAGGAGGACACUGAGGAGAAAACAAAACGCAAACAAGAGCUGCUCAAGGAGCAACUGACUUACCGGGCACACCUGGCUCAACAGCUGGAGAAGGAGAAAGAGCGAGAAAAAGAAGUGGACAAGCUCCUCGAUGAAGAGAUGGCCAAGGUUUGGGCCAAGAAGGCUCAGCAAAUGCGAUUAGAAAAGGAGGCUAGAAAGCAGCUACUGAAAGACGUCCUAAAUACAAGACAACUGCAGAUUGAGGAGAAGUUGCAGAGAAAUGCAAAGGAGCAGGAAGAACUUGAUCAAGAGAGGAAGUUAUUAGCUGAAGCAAUUGCAGAACUCAAGCAUAUAGAAGAAGAAAAGUAUGCAAGAAAAGUAAAGGAAGCAAAAGAAUACCAAGAGCAACUCAGGGCUCAAAUUGCCUAUCGACAACAGGCCCGCGAUGCUGAGGAAGAAGAGAAGCAGCAAGAAUAUGAAUCGGGCCUAGCAGCAGAGAGAGCUUACCAAGAAAGGGUACAGGAGAUUCUAUCAAGGCCUUGUGAGAAACGAGCAAAAACCCACCCUUUGAGAAGAAAAACUAACAUCUAG